AACGUUAAACCAUAUACCAUCGGAAAUUCAAUGUUUUCGUUCUGCCUCAAGUUUACAUCUAGAAGAUGGUAUAAAAUGUUUGAAUCAAUUAAAAAAUGUUAAGCAGUUCUAUGAUACAUUAAUAUCACUCGAAGAAAUUAUUUCGGAUGAGAAAUCUGAUAAUUAUUACUAUUCAAAAUUAAUUCCAUCAGCUCAUUUAACUGUAGAUCAACUAUGGGAACUGAAUGAUAAACUCACACUUAUGAUCAAUGAAUCAAAGAAUAAAAUAUUAAAUUUUUGUGAAAUACAAACAAUAAAAUGCGUAUUUUUACAAAUAAUUAUUGAAUUGAGAAUAAAACUACGUAUGAUGGUGACAAUUUACCAUCUUAAACAGUUGACAUGUAAAAAGACAAUAUUUUCUGUGCAAUCGAAGAUAACAACAUCGAUGUUAAUCCAUGAUUAUAAAUACAAUAAAAAGUCAUCGUCUAACUUUUACAAUGAUAUAAUCAAUUUUAUAAAUUUUAAUUUUGAUACAAAAAAGGAUCGAAAACUAAUUGAAAAACGAUUUCAAUUGUCAAUAAAUCCUUUAAAUUAUUAUACAACACUAAUAGAUUAUCAGUCUGUUUUUAAACCUUAUCAAUUAUCCAAUUUCAAAGCAAAUCGUUUAUUAUCAACGCUAAUGAUAAAAGAAUAUUUACCAAAAUCAUUCAAAAGUAAUGAUAUUUAUUUUAAAAUAUAUCGAAAAUUAUUUACAUCAUUUGAUAAAUUUAUUAUGAAAUUAAAAGCAUUUAUUGAUCGUAUUUUAGAUUUAAUUUUAAAUGAAUUACGUGAUAAACGAUGUAUUCAUCUACGAGCAACCCUAUGUGGAAGUUCAAGUGAAAAAACAAAUAUUUUAUAUGUUGAUAAGGAUGAAUCUAAUAUGAUUACUAUCGAUUAUGAUUAUCAACUAACAUUAAUGAAUUUUAAUAAUGAAGAAUCAUUUAUAAAAGUAAUUGAUAAUUUAAUGAGGCAAUGUUCAUGGAAUGGUCAAGUUAGUUUUCGUACAAUAUUUCAGUUACUUACAAUUAUUGAUACAAUUAUACAAGAAACAAUGGAUAAACAAAAAAUAUAUAUUUAUAAUUUAUUACAAACAUCAGAAUUAUAUAUUGAAACAAUUGAUACGGAUGAUUCAUGUUUUAAGAUAAUUUUAAGACAAAUCAGUAAAACAAAUAGUGAAGAUUUAUGUCAAAAAGUAUAUUCAUUCACAAUUAAUAUUGAUUUCAAAAUAAGUUUACCGUUAUAUAAUAAUAUGCAAUUAAAUGAACUAAGAAAUUUAUUUCAACAGACAAACUAUGAACAAUGUUUGCUCUAUCGUGCAUUUAUUAAUUAUGGUCUAUUUUCAUUUAAUAGUGAUAUAUUAAAUAGCAUUUUUACAUUCAAAACAUUGACAUGUUUACAUCAAUCCAUUUCUAAUACGUCCGUACCGAUUAUAGAAUUAGUUCAAAAGAAACUUGUUAAUUCAUUUGUUGAAGAUCAAGAACUUGAAACUACAUUAAGUAAUUAUAUUUUUUUUCGUGAUUGUAAUACACGAAUCAAAUAUAAAAUAAAAAUUUCCUAUGCAAUAAAAAUCGAUCAAAUAAUGAAUGAAAUGUCAAUUUACUAUAAAUGUGCUUAUAGAUUAUUUAAAUAUUUUUAUUUUGUUCUAUUUCAACAUGAACAUUACAGUCAUAAUUCAUCAAUGAUUGAUGAUUUAACACAAUUAGAAUAUCUUGAUUUAGAAGAGAAUAUUACAGAGUAUAAUCAUGAUGAUAUUGAUGUUACAGUAUAUAAAAUAAAAAAUAUUGUUAUUGAAUUAUAUUUAAAAUAUCCAAAUAAUCAAAAUAUACACCAUAUACUUCGAACAAUUUUAAAGCGAUUAUAUGAAGUAAAGUGUAAAUCGUUUCAUCUAUGGUCAAGUAUCAAUAAAUAUGAUUUAAUUUAUAUUAAUCACAAUAAACUUAUUAAUUUGUAUUGUCAAUCAGAAAGAAAUAAUACUCCAUUCAAAUGGAGCAAUAUAACAAAAAUUAAACUUCUAACAAAAAUAAUACAAGAACAGGUAAACAAAUAUGAUUCAAAAGACAAGUACUCGAAUGGUUACUCAAUAUUUAGUUGAUUUAGGAUAAAUGAUUUAUUUUUAUUUGAUGAAACAUAUUUACAAAAAGUUCAUAUGAUUUCAGCAAAACUCUUAAAAAGUCUAUUGAAUUCGAUACAACAGAUUAAAAAUUUAACGGCUCUUCCCCUCCUCAGAAAUGGUGAUUUUCGGUCAAAACAUCGGUUUUGAGAUACACAUAUGGAAACAUGGCCUGAAGUGUCUACUUUCAGCAUCUGUAUCCCUUUUUGGUUACAAAAGCGGUUUUUCGCGGAUUUUAGCAAGUUUUCUAGGAGCCUCGAAAAACCGGGUCUUAAAAUAAUAGGUGCUUCCUGGACACUUACGCGAUUAAAAUCUUUCUGAAAACACAGCUUUGUAGUGCAAACGUUUCUGAUCAAAAUAAGACCUCGCAUAACUCUGUAUGACCUUGUAUCAAAAAGUUACAGACAUUUUCCUAGAAGUCCUAAAAUCAAGUAUUUCAUACAGCGUUUUCUCUAGAUCGAAGUUAUACCUGAAGUGUGUCCCAAAACCUUUUAUAGCGGUUUGUCGUAGAGAGUUCAUUCUUUUUUUCUUUAAAAGAGGAAAAGACCUAGACUGACAGGCGCCGAUUUUUGCUUACGUCACCUUAACGACACUUCAGAAACUAACGAGGAAAGGUCCCCAAGUGCACAAUCGCUUUUUGCUUGAAAUCUAGUGCACAACAGGUAUUAUGAUUUAACGUC